AUGAAAACUAGAGGACUAAGCAAACCCGCAGCUUUUAGCGUGAUAGAAUAUGGUCAAGAAGCAAUAGGAUUUUAUACUGCUGACCAGUUGAAUCCAUACCGUGGCGAAGUUCACAGGCAUAUGGAGCAGUUGGUUGUUGAGAUGAAGAUGCGAGGGUACUUUCCAGACCGAUCAUGUGUUCUUCAUGACGUUGAAGAUGAAGACAAGGAUCACAUUCUAAAUUAUCACAGUGAGAAGCUUGCUGUUGCAUUCGGAAUACUGAAGACAGAUUCGGAAUCAACUAUUACUGUGAGCAAGAACCUUCGCAUUUGCAAUGACUGUCACUCAACCUUCAAGUUUCUUUCGGACAUAUACCAGAGGCAGAUUGUGGUGAGAGAUGCCAACCGGUUCCAUCACUUCCAAGCUGGCUCUUGUUCAUGCAAGGAUUACUGGUGA